CUGUGAUCCGUCUUACCUACUUUGACGUACUUAAUCCAAUUGUCAAUUUCAUGAACUGACAUUAGAGGCUUGUUGAAAAAUAAUUGCGAUUUGUAUUCUGUAAACUGGAAAGUUCUUCGAUUUUUACUAUUAAUUAACAAGUGCUUAAGUUUGAAGGUUCCAAGAAUCUAUAAGUAUAAUGGCUACCGCGCCGAGCGGUACUCACAACUUCAAAGUUGUUUUACUGGGCGAGGGAUGUGUUGGAAAAACUUCUCUACUGUUGCGUUAUAUAGAAGAUAAAUUCAACGAUAAACAUCUUACUACACUGCAGGCCACAUUUUUAAACAAGAGAUUAAAUAUUAAUGGCAAGCGUGUAAACCUUUCCAUUUGGGAUACUGCAGGUCAAGAAAAGUUCCAUGCUUUAGGUCCUAUUUACUACAGGAAUUCUAAUGGGGCUAUCUUGGUAUAUGAUAUCACAGAUGAAGAUUCAUUUGGAAAGGUGAAAAACUGGGUUAAGGAACUGAAAAAGAUGUUGGGAUCUGAUAUAGUUCUGACAAUAGCUGGCAAUAAAAUUGACCUUGAACAUGAACGGACAGUACCGCUUGAAGAAGCAGAGAGCUAUGCCAAUAUGGUUGGUGCUCAACAUUUCUACACUUCAGCCAAAUUGAACCAAGGUGUUGAGGAACUCUUCCUUGAUCUUACCAGAACUAUGAUUGAGAGGUAUGAGCAAAAUGCUCAAACAGAUGUAAACCGAACUUCGCAAGUGGUGGUAGUUGAUGAUGAGGCACCACCGACUCAAUCUUCUUGUUGCUCAGGUAAUCGGAGCAACUAAAAUCGUCUACACUCAUGCAACAUAAAGCAAGGCACACAGACAUAAUAACAACAUGUCUCCAGUAGUCAUUUGCGUAUCUAACUUGCUGAAUACUUGUAAAAAUGUAAUAUAUUAUUUGCAAACUAUCAUAGAUUUUGGUUACAAAACUUGUUUUAGUUUUAAAUCUUUAAAUGGUAGCUACAACUUUUUUUGUAUUUAUGAAAUUUUAUU